AUGAACUCAAACGUAUCUAUGCUGCACGGUCAGCAACAUAUGACGAGGUAUUCUAAAAUAGUAAAACAAUAAAAAUACGGGUCUGGGGGACGAUGUGGCACAUUGCCGUUUGACCCACCGGACACCUGAUUCAUUAUUCACGGUUGCGUUUCGUGAAUGUUCCGGUACUACCGGAACAUUCGGGCAAUAUUCAUAGAUCUUAAUUAAGGGAAUGAUUGUGCAGUCUUCGUUCAAAACUUAUUUAGUUUACCUUGUUCCCCAAUAUUUUCAUUCUUUAAGUUCAAAUUUUUUAGAGCAAAAUCUCGAUUUUGAUUGAAAACAGAUCAGCUUUUCGGGUCCGUAAAGUUACAGGAGCUCUCAAGGAAAAGGGGCUCAAGGCGACACCAGACUUGUGUCGUAUUUAUCGAACAUCUUAUCUUAAUAACCGGCUUGGAUUUUCUCAUCAUAUAGGAACAUUCAGCGGCGCGCACUUCAUAUUUCAAGCCACUGGCCGAAUCUUUGCAUAACGCCCUUAAAGAAGUUUACAAGGACAAACCAAUGGGUCAAAAUCAAAAUUGACGCUGGAGCUGGGACAGGGCUGGUUGGAAUUGAGCUCAAGAAACUCGGAUACACCAACCUAUAUGUUCUGGAUAUCUCAACUGAGAUGUUAAGGGAAGCAAAGAAGAAAGAGGUCUAUACUGAGUUCAUCUACACGUCUUUGAACGGGCAGUCGAUACCUCAGAUUAAAUCAGGGCAAUUCGAUGCUUUGACUUGUGGUGGGGCGCUCAUUACAGGGCGUAUCGGCUCAUCUGCUUUCGUGGAGAUGAUAAGAAUGGUUAAAACUGGUAGGAGUUUCUCAGGAGUUUACCGAGGCACAGAUGUA